AUGGAGGACCAAAAUGACCAUGGUUAUGACAUGCCCGAGGACAUACGGUUCGACGACUUAAUCAAUAAUGCUGGCUGGCCAGCGGCGGCCGACCAACAUUAUCAAUACCAGCAGCUGCAACCAGAUCCUUACUCUCGAUAUCAACCCAGCGGAAUGGCCUACGAACACUUCGAUCCUUCCCAGCAGCCAUCCUAUCCUCCAGUGUCUUAUGCCAACUCUCCCUAUACUGCCCAAUAUCAACAUGCGAGACCCUCCGAUGUCUUCGGCCCAACUUCAUACAAUGUCGAUCCUUCCUUGCAAGGCUCGACUGGGUACCAUGCCCCAGAGAGUUCCUUCCCCUUUGCCGCCCCUGCAACCGAGAGUGCCACAAUUUCUCCACAGUCUCUUCAAUAUCGAAUGCCCUCUAACCAACCUAUUCACCGCGGUGUCUCGAAUGCACCAUUCCAACAAUCUGCGAACGGGAUUGGGAAUAAUUACAACCAAAGAACUCAAGACCAACCUGCAGUGUACUACCCUGGCGCACAAAAUGAAACUAUGCAAGUCAAUCAAGGCAAUACCGUCAGCUAUCCUAUCUUGCCCAAUGGUGCCCCAGAGAGCGAGUCGAAGCAAGCCGUGAAGAAAUAUGUUGAUGCAGAUGUCGCCUCGAGUGCUCCACGAACUCAGCAGGCCAAGUCAACAUCGUCGCAGAACCCAUUGAGGAUGCUAUAUCCGGAAUUACACACAUCGGAGAACCCAUCAUCUCGACCACGCUUUGAUUACGCACCAUUUCUUUCCUGGGAGGAUCAGCCAUUGCAGAUUACUCUUGGGUUGAAGAACACUCUUCCAAAGUAUCAUCCGAGAAAAUCACGGAGCGGGAAAGACCUUGUUCCGGGAUUCGACCUAUCUCGCUCAUUGACACCCGCACGACCUUCAACCAAGAAAAUCCGUCCUCCCAAAGAGACGAAACCAUCAUUGAGCAAGCUGAAGGCGACAAGCCAAGCCGUUAAGCCAUUGACCGAUAAAAUCACCACUUUGCGUGAUGAAAGCAACCUGACAUCGAUCAAGUCGCCUUCGACGCCAACCGAAACAAGCUCGUCAGAGGAGGAAAGCAGCUCGGAAGAAGAAUCUGAGUACGGCGAGGACGAAGACAUGCCGGUGAUGGACAUAAGCGAGGUCCGCGGACCAAUUCGCCCAAUAGCAGCUUCGGCCGCAGCACGAUGGGACGCAAUAGGUAUCAUCUGGAAGGAUCCAGGUUCAAGUCCAAGUGCAGAUGUGGUCAAAGAUGCCAUCGAAAAGUACGGAAGUUUCUUGACGUCACUGCGAGUUCAACUCAAGACAAAUUCUACCAAGGCAGAGGAAGCAACGGGUCGGGCGGCUGAGUUGGAGAGGCUAAAGGACGACCGGAAAGUUCUUCUUGAAUCGCUCUUUCAAACAAUUGAUGCAGCAAAUCAGCUUGGCUAUGGUGCUAUAGUAGAGCAUUUGGGCGGUCAUCAUAAACUUGUGAAUGGCUUAACGACAACUCUGAUUGAUUGCAAUAAGGCUGAAGAUUAUGUUGGGAAACUGCCCAAAGCAGUCUUGAGUUUACUUUCAAAGUUUCAGACGAUGACUGAUGACCUUCUUAAGAAGCUGAAGUUCGAAGGCAUUGCAAAGCGCUGGAGCAAAAGAGGGGAUGACGAUACCAAAAAGUAUAUUGCCACCAUUCUUGCGAAUACCGUGGAGGCCAAAGAGAAAGCUGCAAAAACUAAAAAGGACGUCGACCGAGCAGAGGAGGAAAAGAAGAUGAAGGAAAAGGUUGAGCAAGCCAAGGCUCGAAAUGCCGAUUCUUCAAAUCCCACGUCUUCCAACCCAGCAAAGAGACUACAUGAUGGCGAUGGGUCCAAUGGCAAGCCCAGUAAGAAGUUUGCGUCGGACAAUGCUGGCACUCCAGCCGUGUCGAGGACCAUUCCACCAAAGCCGAUGAACAAAAUAGGCAACAAUGCUGGUCCUGCGAGUCGAGUAGGAAACAAUCUGUUGGGUAUUGCAUCGAAGCCUGUUGCAAAGCCCAUUCCUAAGAAGCGUGAGCCUUCUCCUCCGACUGAGUCGAAACUUGGCGCACUUCUGGCCAGCAUUGCCAAACCUCCGGAACCUCCCAAAGCCCCUGAAGCACCACCUCGACCACCUGAGACACCAGAAGAGAAGGCACGUCGUGAGAGAAAGGAAAGUCGACGCCAUUUGAGGGUCAAAUUCAAGGAGGGACCUGAAUUGGAACAGAUCAGGCUCUUCAAGCAUGAGCAAGCCGAAGAUGAGGGACGCCAGGAUGAGAUGUUACGAGAUGCACAUGAUGACCGACUUGAAGGCAUGAUGCACAAGAAGCGUGUCUCUGAAACCAUGGACGAUGACGAGGAUUAUCAACCAACUGAACCUGAAGGUCCGUACAACGAGCCAAUCAGCAUUGACUUCAGUUCCCUUGAGAAGCCAUCGCGAUUUGGCCCAAAUUAUUCUACGCGAGGCGGAGAUUUGAGCUUCACAACGCCCGAGCAGAAGAUCCAGCAGCGACGAGAGGGCUUGGAGCUCAUGGUUAUCUACACCAAUCCGGACGACAUUCCACCCUCGCCCAAGGAACUUUCUCAUCCUGAUAUGCCUGGAAGCACCCAACGAGAGCAUCAGCUCAAGAAUCCUACGGAACCGUGGCUCGUUCGGAGAUUGCAGGAUAUUCACCAGUACGGCCCGGAACAAGCGUUCCAACUCUUUCGUGCGCGUCAAGAAGAGCGAAUGUUCAACGAGAUCCGCGAAAACCAAUCUCGUCAACCUUUUCAAGCUAGCUCCGCUCCACCAUCUGACGUUUCCUCUAUCCUUCAACAACUUGGUGGUCCAACUGGUCAACAAGCCCCAAAACAUCAACUUCCGCAAGUCCCAAAGAUGGAUCCUAGCCAACUAACAAACCUCAUCCGCAUUGUUGAGUCUCUGAAAAAUAAGCCAUACCCUCCCAUCGAACCACCGGAUUGGAUGGUGAACCCAGAGCAACGCGCUGAGUGGAUCGCCGGCUAUGAGAGAGACAAGGCGGUAAAGGAGAAAAGAGAAGCUGAUGAGCGGAUGGCUCAAAUUCAGGCUGCUCAGCAUCAACAACCGACAAUGUUUCCGCCUCAAUUCCAGCAAAUCCCAGUGUCGCAGAUAGCCUACCCCCAAAUACCGGUGCCGAACAAUCCUGCUCUUCCUCAGCCUCAGAUUGCGGAGAUUACUCAACAAGUUCAAAGCUACCUGGCUGCUAGUUAUGGAGUCAACGAGCACCAACCGGCGACCCUGCAGCAAUACGAUUACAACAACUGGGCCGGUCAGCAAGGUGCGGAGCAGAGUCAAGGAUAUCAAAAUCAUAACCAGCAGUCAAGAUGGGACGGCGACUACAACAACGAGGAUUCGAGCCCCAAUGCGCAGUCAGACCGAACUCGAGGAAAACACAAGUCGAGGGGGAAGUCACACAAGUUCGAUUCGAAGCCACCGAAUGACUCCAUCUUCGAUGAAAAUGGCGAAUACAAGGGCAAGAAGAAGCCUUGCCGUUUUUUCAGCGUCGGUCAGUGUGCUAAAGGCGACAAGUGCACAUAUCUCCAUUCUAGCUGA